AAUCCAUUUUCAAUUCCCCACCAGAAGAAAAGAAACCCAUUAAAAUAUCUCCUUAAUUCCUUCGUAAAGAUUCAAUCUUUUUUCACGAAACAUCUCAAAAUAUUAAUCCGAUGGCAACAGCCGCUUCUCUGCUCCAAUCAACUCCAUUGAAAUGGAAGCAAACGCUCCCUUUAAAUCAACCACCGCCACCUCGCCAGCUUUUCUUCAACCCUCUCAAACCCAUUAUUACAAAACAUUCCAUCAACCCGACAAUCAAAUCUCAAAACUUAACUAAACUAACUGCCAAGUGUUCUUUAACCAACAACAAUGUCCGAAUUUCCACUUCAUCACCAAGCCCAUUUGAGACACUUUACAAUACCGUUAUAAAAGCCGUUAACUUGCUGAAGAAGCCAGCAGUUGCCGCCAUUUUAAUUGGGGUUUUACUAAUGUACGAUCCCAACUCUGCAUUUGCCGCGUCUGGUGGAAGAAUGGGCGGAAAAUCUUUUUCGCGUUCUUCGUCUUCUUCGUCGUCUUCGAGAAGCUAUUCUGUGCCCAGGGGUUCGAGUUCAGGGUUUUCGUACUCUGUGCCGUAUUAUGCGCCGUCCCCGUUCGGUGGCGGUGGGGUUUAUAUGGGUCCUGCUGUGGGUGCUGGGUCUAGUGUGUUCUUUAUUUUGGCUGGUUUUGCUGCUUUUGUGUUGGUUUCAGGGUUUCUUUCUGAUAGGACUGAUGGCGGGGUUCUUACUGCUACUGAUAAAACUACUGUUCUUAAGCUUCAGGUUGGGUUGUUGGGCAUGGGAAGGACUCUUCAAAGAGACCUCAAUCGAAUUGCAGAAGUUGCAGAUACAUCAUCAUCAGAGGGUUUGAGCUAUGUUCUGACAGAAACGUCACUAGCUUUGCUCCGGCAUCCUGAUUAUUGCAUCUCUGGUUAUUCAUAUGUGGAUCUGAAGCGAAGCAUGGAGGAUGGUGAGAAACGUUUCAAUCAACUUUCUAUUGAAGAGAGGGGUAAAUUUGACGAGGAAACACUUGUAAAUGUGAACAACAUUAAGAAGCAAAGUACAAAAAGCAGAAGAGCUAGUGGAUUUAAUAAUGAAUACAUAGUGAUAACAAUCUUAGUGGCUGCUGAAGGAGUACAUAAACUACCAAGCAUCAAUGGUGGUGGAGACCUAAAGGAAGCAUUGCAAAAACUUGGUUCCAUCCCUAGCAGCAAAAUACUUGCAGUUGAGGUGUUAUGGACCCCUCAAAAUGAAAAUGAUACUUUAACAGAACGUGAACUACUUGAAGAUUAUGCACUUCUGAGGCCUCUAUAAAAGGUUUAACGACGUAAGUUCACUUUCCCGAUUUUUAGAAGUCAAUCAAAAGCCAUUUGUAUAUAAUAAGAUAGUCCAUGGUAUAUAAUAUUUAUCUUCUACUGGAUAGACGGCAUAAUACUGUAAUGAAUUGCUGAGUUUGCAUAUAGAAAAGCUGGUUGUCUAUGCCAA